UUAUUUAAAACUUUGUUGUUACAGGCGCCACAUAUAAUAAGGUUGAAAUAAUUACGUUGAGGUUUAGAAUGGUAAAGAGUGGAGGAUUGCAUCGGACAGACCUUUAACAACGGACCAUGGCACGAACCCGAUUCCCCCCAAAAAAGCGGCUCCCACGUGACCAGCAAGAUCGUUACCAUGACAACUGGAAGAGAUUUGGUUGGAGGAAGAAACUGUUGUUGAUGACGUAUAAGGACAAGGAGAUUUACAAGAAAGUUUUGGAAAGACAACUCUUUCUUCCUAAAGAUCCUAUGCGAUGGACCGAAAUCCACGUAAUGACGUGGGUUCGAGAUAUUUCAGUUCUCUUUCAAUUCAACGUCGACCUCAACUUGUUUGUUAUGAACGGGAAGGGAAUAUGCUUAAUGUCACUCGAAGGAUUCAGAUACCGUUCGCCGGUUGGUGGCGCUCUACUCUACAACGAUCUGCAACACAAACUCCUUGCGAAUAUUAUGACGUCAUAGUUGCGUCAUCUCUUUCUUAGCUUACAGGUGGCGGGAACUUUUCUGUGCAAUUGACAGCAAACAAGAAGCAUUGUUACGUCACUAUCGGCAGUGUAGAACUUUCUAUAGAACAUGUUGCUCUCUUGUUUCUUCUUUAUAUUAGAUUGUGACGUCAUGGGACUAUUCUCAUUUAAAUUUAGGUUGCUAAGGCAACGUAAUUUAGUAUUGCGGCUUUGUGACGUUAUAUAGACGUUGUGGUAAGAUGGUCCAUGUUUUCAUCCUGUUUUCUCGUCCUAUUUUGGUAGUUAACAAAAAUAUUUACAGAACUAUAUAUAGUAGGGUGGGGUAAGAUAGGACACUUUUUCAUUCCAUUUUCCCGUGCCACUUGGUAGUAAAUAAAGACCAUUCCAAUGAUUGAAAACGUAUCUUACGACUCUCAUAUACCGUUGUUAAUUGUUUAAAACAUGAUUAGGAUAUUUGGAUAAUAUAUGCCAAAGGUGUUCCGUCUUUUCCCACCCUACUAUAACCAUAUCCUCACGACUUUCAAAUAGCAUUGUUAAUUGUUAAACAAAAAAUACUUUUUAAAAACACGAUUCAUCUUACCUCAAAGUACUAUAUUUACUCUCCCUUUGUUAAGGAUGGUUACGUAAUAAUGGUGUGUGAUGACGUAACAGAGUGGUGGGGUGGUGAUACCGUCCUUAUUAUGGUUACCUCGGUGUUCUUGUUAUGCAAAGCUUCAAUAUGCACGUUGUUCUUGCUGGAAAAUAAAAUUAGUGAAACCAAA